UUUUUCCCUCUCCCCCAAUUUCCUCACUCCUCUCUCUCUUAAUAAUCUUUUCAUUGAUCAUCGACCAACCAAAAACAAAACAAAAAUCAAAAACCCAAAAAAUCAGAUCUUUGAAAGCUUUUCUUUUUGAACUCAAAAAAUGGAUCCGUCCUCUGCAAACUCAGUGAACGGAUUCUACUCAUUUCUAAACAGAUCAAUGGAAGAUCUCGAAAGAGUUUAUCUUUCAAACAAUUUCAUGUCCGUACACUUUUUACAGAGAGCUCUCUGUCUUCUUCGUACCUCUCACUCACAUCUCACUCUCUUAGUUCAAAAACUUCAACUUCCCGUCGGUGAUAAAUGGCUCGAUGAGUAUAUGGACGAAAGCUCCAAACUUUGGGAAGCUUGUCUCGUCAUCAAAUCCGCUGUCUCCUCCGUCGAAAACUUCUCCUCCGCCGGAAUUUCUAUCGCGUCGACACUCGAUGGUCAUCACCACCACCGUCGUCUCUCUCCUCAGCUUUCUCGUCAGGUGAUAAGGGCGAUAUCAGGAUGUAGAAGAGAAGCGAUUGGGAUAGAGGAAGAAAACAGAGCAUUAAUGGAGAAUCGAGUUCAAAGGUUUCCGUUUUGGUCGGAACAAACGUCGGCGACGGCGAUAGAAUCGUCGACGAAGUUACAAAACGGAUUCAGUGGUUUUCGCGGCGUGCUUUACGCGACUAGGAACAUGAGUUCUCUUCUCCUUAUGGUUUUAAUGAACGGUCUCGUCUACUGUUUUCCCGGAGACGCAGCAACGCAGACGCAGAUAACGCAAACGCAGAGUCAAGUCGGUGGUUUCGCCGGAGCUAUGGGACGGUUACAGCAGAGAGUGGCUGCUGAGGUUGGGAGGAUGGGGAUAAGGAAAGGUAUAUUGAUGCAUGAGUAUCGCCGGAGCAAAGCGGCGUUGGAGGAGCUAAAAGCGGAGCUGGAGCGGCGGUUCUGCGGCGGUGGCGGCGGAGGAGGAGAGAGGGAAGAGGAGGAAGAGAGGGAGUUGAGAGAGAGAGUGGAGAAUCUGAAAGGGUAUUUUGGUAAUUUAAGGAAUGGGACAGAGAGUAUAGUGGCGCAAAUCGAUGAUUUCUUCGAUGAAAUUGUUGAAGGAAGAAAAAAGCUUUUGGAUUUCUGCAGCCAUAGAUGAAUGAGAAUAUCAAAAGCUGACA